UGCUGCCAAGUUUUCGGCAAACGACGGUGGCCAUCUUCCUUUCUAAAGAAUCGCGUUCGCACAGCAGACGUGUUUAAAACCUUUUUGAGUGUUUUAAAAGCUCCGUCAAUAUGUCGACUGGUACAACUGCCACAAUUCGCACCCGCAAGUUCAUGACCAACCGUCUGCUUGCCAGGAAACAAAUGGUCUGCGAUGUUCUCCAUCCCGGACUUUCAUCAGUCAACAAGACCGAGAUUCGUGAGAAGCUCGCCGCCAUGUACAAAGUGACACCCGAUGUUGUGUUUGCUUUCGGUUUCCGCACCAACUUUGGCGGUGGCCGCUCUACUGGCUUUGCCCUGAUCUACGAUACUCUGGACUUUGCCAAGAAGUUUGAGCCAAAAUACCGCCUGGCUCGUCAUGGUCUCUUCGAACAGAAGAAGCAGACACGCAAGCAACGCAAGGAACGUCGCAACAGAAUGAAGAAGGUCCGUGGUACCGCCAAGGCCAAGAUCGGUACCGGCAAGAAGUAAAACAAUAUAGCUGGCACAUCAAUAUGAUAUUGUGUGUGUGUGUUGCUGGUGGCGCGCACCUGCAAUUCCGAAAUUAAUUGCUGCGUUAGUUGUACUUCUUUUAUAAAUCCAAUGACAACACAAAAA